UAGAGAGAAGCAUGUCAAGUCCGCGACGCUCUCCCUCUGCUGACGGUCGCUCCGAAUUAAGCCUGUAUGUGGGUGCGACGCAACUCAACUAUUCACUACCACCUAACCUAACCUUUCUCUGCGUUUUACCUUACCUAUCUUUUCUUCGACCCUCUUUUUUUCCCUUUACUCUUCCCCCCUUCAACGGAACACACCCUGCCAAUUUUCUCAAUUAUCACACCUGCGUCCCUGAUUCGGUUCAUGUCUGAGGCUGACUGACCGAUUUGGUGGUGCUGUCUGGCUUUCGACUUUCAUCCAGACCGGGGGAGUUCAUGCAAUAAACGAAACCGUCCAUCGAUCGCCCGUGUCGAUUUCUCCCAGCGCCACUACCCCCUAACCGAACAUUCACUCCCAAGAACAAACGAUUAUCGACUCACACUACGAAGAGGGCCUUGCGACGACAACAAGUCGACGACCAGUGGCAGGCAUUUGGCUAGGCUAGGCUGCCAGGAAUCGUGUCGACCUUUUGGAUUGAGAAUUGCAUCCGCUUGGUUGGCUGUGGGCGACAGGCCUGUCAUCUCGCAGCGACAACGGCGAAAAUCGACACGACAGCCGUGUAGGCACAACCCGACAAUAUACAUCGCCCAUCGCCGACACGAUUGAUCGGGGCAUUCGAUAGAGGACGGCGCCACCCGAGUGAGCGCAGGACGAGUCCUGUCGAAGAUUGACGUCGCGACCUUCGACACUUUUUGUGCGUAGCGGUUAUCCCGACGACGUCAUGGCUUCCAACAUAAACGGCCCCGGUCCAGGGGACGAAGAGUAUGGCGAGGAAUGGGCCAAGGACUUGAGGCAUCGAUUUGAGCGACUACUAAAGACGAAGCGAUUGAACGAAUUGGAUCGCUCUCGGUCACGGCAAGGCUCGCCGGCUCCCGGCACGUCAUCUAGCAGCCCAAGUGCGUCCGCGGGGCCAUCAUCAACACAACCUUCAUCACAAAUAGGCUCGACACCGCCAUCAUACUCGUCACUAAGAAACCUUCCAAAGAUCCCGACACCACCAGCUGCGACAGACAAAGAGUCACAAAAGUUCAGGAACCUGCUCAUAACUCUGUCGACAACGCCGACGAAAUAUGAAAAUCCUGGCUUGUUGGAUGAAGCAUUGCAAGUCAUCCCGCUCGACCGUAUAUAUGGUGAGGCAGAAGAAGAGACGCAAGUUUUACAAGCUCAGGCUGAGAGCAUGGGUGAUGGGAGGAAACCCGAAUGGGGAUACCAAGAUUGCGUCAUCCGUGCUCUUUUGAGAUGGUUUAAACGUUCUUUCUUCACAUGGAUCAACAACCCGCCAUGCCCAGUUUGCAUGUCACCAACAGAAGGAAAGGGCAAGACUGCUCCUACACCGGAAGAGAAUGCAUGCGGUGCUCUCCUGGUAGAGCUCUACCAAUGUUCGAGCUCUCAUUGCGGUGCUUACGAGCGCUUCCCCCGCUACAGCGAUGUCUGGAGGUUAUUACAGACGAGGCGAGGCAGGUGCGGCGAGUGGGCUAAUUGCUUCAGCAUGCUCUGUCGAGCCGUCGGUGGCCGGGUGCGCUGGGUAUGGAACGCCGAAGAUCACGUCUGGACCGAGAUCUACUCUGAACACCAAAAGCGAUGGGUCCACGUCGACGCAUGCGAGGAGGCUUGGGAUAACCCUCGCCUCUACACCGAAGGCUGGGGCAAGAAGAUGUCGUACUGCGUAGCAUUCUCGAUCGAUGGUGCUACCGACGUCACACGCCGAUACGUACGGAAGAGCGAAUUCUCACUCGAGAGGAACAAGUGCCCGGAAGAGGUUAUGCUUUACAUCAUGCAAGAGAUCAAGAACAUUCGGAGGGCAAACAUGAACAAGGAUGAGCGUUUCCGCCUGGAGAAGGAAGACGCCAGAGAAGACCGCGAGCUGCGUCAAUACGUUGUCAACUCAAUCGCACAUGCUGUCACUCAGCUGGUCCCCGGCGUCGCUAAUGGCUCUGGCUCGUCUGUGUCGGGUUCCUCCGAGGACGCCAAAUUGCCUGCAGAGCAACUUGGUCGGCAGAGCGGAAAUGCGGAAUGGGUUGCGGCAAGAGGAGAGGGUGGAAGGCACCACUAUCCUCCCGGCCCUGGAGAUGGCUCCCACCGUCGGGAGUAUCGCUGAUUGACUCGAUGGUGACAUGCGCACUAUCAUACUCCUCGUGAAAGGUCUUCGGCGGAAGUGGCUCCGUUCCAUCGCCCGACCUCAUUACAAGAUACAAAACUCACCAUCUUGAUACCACACCGAUAUUCAAGAUACCUACAUAUAUACCCAAGCGCCGCGCCGGCCGUCAAGGCCGCCACAAAAGCCCAGAAUAAUUUAAAGGUUAAUACGGGCCGUGUUCGAGGAGCUUACACACUACAUCAAAAACUUUUACUUACGUCACCUGCAUAGACAUGGCGUUGUUCCUUUGUUUAUAUUAUCUUUCGGCUUCGUUUUUGUCAGCUAUAUACAGAGAUAACCUCUGAGGAACAUUUAUUCCAACCUUGUUCUGAUCUCGGGAGAUUAUCCUGGAGAAUCAGUGUCGGCAUCUAGUCAGCCAUUACGAAUGGCAGCUAUUUUCUUUUGUAUCUUGGCUUUUUUAUACUCCUCGUCGGAACCACGAGGUCCUCGGAUCUUUGCUAAUGCGAGAACGAGAGGCGAGUCGAGUUGAUUGAAUUGUGGUUUUGUUUUAUAUUGUUACUUGCUCAUCAUAGUGGAGGCGCGAGAGCGAUUUACGAGUUACGGGUCCUUUUUUGGAUAUAGGAUGUUGGUGAGCUGGCGUUCAGGAGGAGGUGGAUCUUGAAUUUACAAGCCACGAUACGACUCUGCAGUCAUGAUCUGGCAAGCUGCUUCGGCCUAUUGGGACGGGAUUUUUUGGACGUCCGGGCAGAUAUACGCGGCAACCAAAAAGGAAUAAAG